AUGAACACCCUCGCGAGUUGCUGGCACGCCGUCUAUGGUUCUGCCUUGCCGGAAAGCGAGAGGAACAUCAAUGGUGCUGCCUUUGCUUUGCUCAAGAAGAAACUCAUCGAAUGGAGGAGCACAUUCGGCACCACCGCCAUCGCUGCCCUCAUGUUAUCCUUCACGCAGCAAGGGCUGACGACGCUCGAAGCGCAGCAAGACUUUGCUGGGACGACGAAGGCCCAUACGGAAUGCUCAAAGGCGAGUUUUUUUACCAUCGUCCUUUCGUGUCACCAAGCCGCGAUUACCGGCCGGGUCCAUGUCCCGGAGUUCGAUGCUAUCGUAAAGCCUGUCUAUGCUCCGUACGCCGCGGCGGUUCUCGCGGCAUCUGCAUGCUACCGUGCCCUCAAGCUUGCUGACAAUGGCGACCUCGAAGAUUUUAAUCCCGCGCUCAAGGGCAUUGACGCCAACCUUCUGAUGAACCUAAGUAACGUCAAUAAGACGAAGAAGACGAUUAGUAACUACAAGACGAAGGAGCGACAGCGCAUCAAGAAGGAGCGGGAGGAGCGGGAGAGGGCAAGAGAGAACUUAGAAGGCUGCUGCCUCAAAAGAUAG